CAUCCUGUUCCUCUUCAGAGUGCCACUUCCUGUUACAGUCAAAAAGAUGCAAGAGAAUUUCAAAGCCCUCAGUCCCUGAAUCACUCGCUGUGGUGAUUUCUCCUCCGAAGCAUGGGGUGCAGUUUGGAGGGGCUGCUAUGGGCCUGGAUUAUCCUGAACUCUGGCGUGUGUUCGGUCAUACUGCCAGAAAUAACGGAUCGGAGGUUCAUCGCCGAAUGUGUGAAGGGACACAACAGGGCUCGGUCAGCCGUCAGUCCGCCUGCAAGCAACAUGGAGUACAUGGUAGGCAUGACAGAUACUUCUAUUCUAUCUGAGUCUGUAAAACAACGUGUAAACGGUAGAGACAAGGACAUCCAAGGUGUUUUAAUGACGAUUCAGGCAACUUCUGUUUUUGUAAAAAGUUCCACCUCUCUGAAACCAUUUAUUCACAGCCUGAAAUCUGCCCUGAUUUAGUCAGAAGAGCUGGCUCCAUAAUCACCGUUUAUUCAUCUGAAUUAUGAGAAAAUGCACAAAUGCAUUCACAGAUCCACAAUGUCAGCGAUCACUCACUGUCUCCAGGGAGAACUAAGGCCCCAACUACACGAAUGCAGAUAUAUUUCAAACCGCACAUAUUUAUGUCCGAUUAGGCCUCCCUACCACACCAAAACGGGAGUUUGGAACACUCAAACCAGAUAAAUCUGAAUCCGAAAAAACAAGUGGAGAAAUAAAAAAAUAUCUGUAUAAGUGGAUUUGUGUGGUUGAACUUUUAUGGAUCGAUGACGUCAAACCGCAGCUCGCGCAUGCGAAUUAAAAAGAAAAACAACAACAACGAUGGCGGACAUACAGGGUAUUCUUUACGUUUGUUUUGCCCUUUUGGGGCCAAUUUCAGCCUUACAAGUGAACCUUGUUUUAAACAAUUACAAUUACAUCCAAGUUUUGGGUCAAACCCGGUCGGACCAGCAAGUGGUGGGACAACUUCGUUUGAGGGGCUGUGCCUGCAGAUGAAUGGAAGCUAAACUUCCCAUUCAUCGGCCAAUCAGGUAGCUUUGUUCCUGAUUUUUUUAAGCGGCACCAGAUAGGAUUGAGUUUGAAGGCCACGUGUGCACGGAUACAUUUAUUUAGACGUGAGUACAAAAAUAUCCUGAUAAAUAAAUAUCUAUAUACGUGUAGUCCGGGCCUAAGUUCACAUCACCGAUCACGAGCUGUUCACCAAGCUGUCCAAUUGCCAAAAAGAGUAACAUGCUGCAUGAAGAAACCUCCAACUUAGCUUGAACUUAACCUAAGUUGGAGGUUUCUUGCAGACACAGCAGAGCUUGAGGAGAUCCAAGUAAGAUCCAGCUUCUAACCGUGUCCGCGUCUCAAGAAGUUUCAACUGUGCACGUACGUCUGCAGCCAAGUUCUCCUCAAACUCUCAGGAGACACUGAGCAGCAACUUCUGCAGAGUCUAUGCAGAAAUGCAAACAAGUGCAUGUCUUUGGAUAAAUCAAGUUUACAGCCGGGGACAUAAAAUGGUGUUGGAGUUAGCAUUUCCAAUAUGGCGAGACUUUUUUUUUGAUGAAUAAAACAUUUAAAAGGGAGCACAGUCGUUUCAUAUCCUUCCUCUCUGCUCUUUUAGACCUGGGACGAGGACUUGGCCAUCAUUGCUAAAGGAUGGGCAGAAAACUGCGUGUUUGAGCACAACCCCCGCCGAUCAGAGUCUACCGCCACCUCUGUGGGAGAAAACAUAUGGACUGGUUACCCACCAUCCAGUUUUGAAACGGCAGGUGCAAUACACAGCUGGGAUAACGAGAAAGAGUUUUAUGACUACGCCAACAAUCGCUGCAGCAAAGUGUGUGGCCACUACACUCAGGUCUGCAAACUCUUACAGCUUACUCUUGUGCUUCAAAUGUGAUCUGUGCUGCGUGACUGAGAGCUGUUCUCGUCUCCAGGUUGUGUGGGCGAGCAGCAACAAGGUCGGCUGUGCCGCCCAUCUGUGCCCAAAUGGAGUCCAAGAAUCCGGUUUUGGCGCAAAGGCAGGGGUCAUCUUUGUUUGCAACUACGCACCAUCGUAAGUCCUUUACGUCUUCACUGUGAAUUAGAUGGUUUAGAUCUAAGUUUGUGAAUGGAUGAUCGAUCUUAACCUGCUCCGCCGAACAAGGUUUAGUACAGAGAGGCAUGAGGCUGAAAGCCAAAACCUUCACUGACUUCAUCUUUAAAGUUAAAACUGCAGAAAACUCAGUCACAGUGGUGUAAGCGCGGAGUAAAGAUGACCUGAGGAAAUCUGUUGUAGAAACGGCCCUAACUUGGACUGUUGUUUUUCACACAGGGGUAACGUGAACAGGAGGAGACCGUAUGACUCUGAAGGGGCAGCCUGCUCUGGAUGUGAAGGGGCCUGCGUGGACAAUCUCUGCCGUGAGUAUUCAGUCCUGGUCAAAAAACCCUUCAUGACACAACUGGAGUUUUAGCGUCUCGUAUAUUUUUGUCCAAACAUUCGUUCUUUAAAGAAAAAUAUCUUUGACUGUUCAAGGAUUUAAGCAUCGCUGACUUUAGCUGUCUUCACUAUUUAUCAUCCAAAUUUGUAUCUAAAUAUCAACACAGUCAACACAGCAAAGUCUAAAGUGAGAAGACAUGCAGGAAAUGAAGGCGGCUGCCACAAAAGAGGUGUGACACUGCGAAAACUGCUUUCAAAACAGUUUGUCUAAAAAGUUUCAAAAGUUCCACAAACAGGUAGUUCACUGUUUUUCUGUUUUUGUGCAAACGGCCUUUGAGUCUGGAGGAGGCCAAGGGCGUCUGCUUUUAUUCUUGUGCAGAGCAGACUUCAUGCACAUCCUGUCAGGCUGGCUCAACACGCCUUUUUAAAAAAGAAAAAUACAGAUAUAUGCAAAUUAAUGCAGAGUUGGAAAUGAACACACCCUGUUCAUCCAGUCUGAGAGAUAAUUACAGUCUUAGUUCAAGCUGAUUCCUGUCGCCUUUCACUUACUCAGAGUCAUGAAGACUGUGUACUAAAGGGACAUUCCGCGGUAAAUUUAAUUUUGGGUUGAACACACCGUAACAUCGAGUUAGACGCCCCCUCGAGAGAUGAAUGUUGCCGACCGCUUGCUUCUCUUGUUAGACCAACUUUAGUAACGACCUUACACAUGUACCUCUCCACGUGCAAACCUCAACAAAAAGCCACUCUUUAGCCACAAAUAAUGCUCAGAACAGCACCUUGGGGGGGGUCUAAAUCUGUGUUACGGUGUGUUUCACCAUGACUUAAAUUUACACCGGAAUAUCCCUUUAAUAUGGACUGGCGUUCAUUUUUCCUGGAGGUGCGGUUUGAUUGGAUCUACAAAGAUGAUUCAAAGCUCCUGCCGUUACUGUCAGGUGUAUCAGCGCCUGUUUCGGUUGGUUUUUUUGGCUCUACAUCCUACAGGAGGAGGAAUACUAACACUGUAUCCACAUGCCAAUAAUCAUAAUCUCACACACACACAGCCUUCUUAUAGGCCAUUAUCUAAUGUUCGUUUGGGUCUGUGGCGGCUGUAUCGUCAGUAUCAAAUUUCACUUCAACUAUAGUUGUAAAAAAACAACAAGUGCAUGAGGACGUCUCAAAAAAGUUCAUUUUCAGGUCAGGUCAGCAGUCUUUCAGAGGGUGAGAUUAAAACUCAGGAAACCUCUCAGGUGUGAAGAGUUCAUUCGCUGAUUUUCAGGACUGAAAGAACUGACAAGAACCUGGACUUUUCCACGGUUUUCUGAUGUUAUGAGAGAGAGGAUUUUUAACUUUGUCAGCCGUUCUCAUCAAAAAUAAAACAACAAAAGAAUUGAAAUAUUUCACUUUGUGUGUGAAGAAUCUAAAAUGUUUGGAACUUUUUCAGGACGUUUUGAUCUUUGCGAUGCAGAACACGCCGUUCUCCCUCUUUUGGGCUCACUCGGUCUUUGUCCUUGUGUUUUUUCAGGCAGCGGCUGGGCUCCAGAAAGUCAAUCACAGAUCGUGGAUGUCCUGGUUGUCCGGCUCAUCGUUCUCAUAUUCACCUUCGUCGCAGCGUACGCAGUCAGACACUUUUACCCCGACAUCUUCUGCUACGAGUAGACCGUCUGCAGAGACCUGAAGGACCUGGACUUGGACAGCAAAUCGGACCGUUUUUUUUUUUUUUUUUAGUUUUAUUUUGGGGAUUCAAGCUGCUCACCGUGAACCCAAACUGCGACUUUAUGACCCCUUUACUCUCUGACUAUUUCCUUGUUUGUGUAAUGAUGGGAAACCUGACAAAUGAAGAUUCAAGUUGUUAAAAAUUUUAAUAUUUUUCAUUCACUCUUGGAAACUUAAAUAUCUGGACGACAGUAAAAGAGGAAAGUGUUCGACAUCAGUAAAUUAGAGGUGAAUUCAUCCACAUUGACUGAUGUUUGGUCUCGUGAUGGGUGAAAGUGGAACGAGUCCUCAGAGCCAAAACUGUUCAAUAAAAAAGUCCAGGACAGUUUAUGAUCCGAGCACAAAUCCGGUCUUCAUGUGUCCCACAAACGCCCUCUACCAGGGUCACAUUGAGUCAGUGGUGGCGAAGGUUUGCGGCUAACUUUUGUUGUUCUUCUUCUUCUUUUUGUUGGCGGCGCUGCCCGCUGGAGGAGCCGGGCUCACUGCCGGAGCUCCCAGUUUCUUUGUUUUAGCCUUUUUCACUUUCUCCUUGAUGGCGUCGAUGUCGAGUUUUCCCUCUGUAGGAGCUGGAAACAAAGAAGAGAAGAGCGUGACCGAGAGGUUAGAGUCAGUGCGAGAGGAGACGGUUUUUGAUUUUCUCUUUAAAAAGAACUCUUCCUCUUUCUUUUUUUUUUUACCUUUGGUGGAUUUCUUCAUCAGCGGCUUCUCUUUAGGAGGGAUGAAAGCUUUGUUUCUCUCUUCUUGCUUCUUGGUCAGAGCUUCUGCUUGUUUGACCUGAGAAAGAGGAACUCGAGUCACACAGCUGCCGGUUUCUGUGACUCAACCCUGAGCCGUCUUUGUGCAAACUUUGUGACCGAGAGCUACCACAAGAACCGGGUCAUGCCAUUUCAGCGGCUCAUUAACACAUGAACUGGAUCUGGUUGACGAUGCACGACUAAUUUUAUUCAGUCGGCUUCAUUCUUAAAAGUUUGUUCUUUCAACACAGAAUAAAAGGAGGUGAAUUUUCAGGCAUGCAGCGCCACAUUCGGAGGGUCUGCAGCGUCAUCUGCAGACACUAAAGCCUCCUGAUGUGUGAUUGGUCAACAGUACAAACAGAGAACAGGAACACCUCCACUUCUAAACUCCAGAAAAGGCAGAAUUAAUCCAAAGGAUUAAAACGCAGCAGGAUAUGAAGACACCAACGCUCACCUUGAUUUCCUCCAUCUUCUUCCUCUUUUUCACACUUUCACGCAGGAAGAACUCUCCUGUCGUCAGCUCUUUGUCAACCUUCAAGCGCAACAAACGGGAUUUAAGUUGAAUUACACUUUUCACAUUCACACUUCUCCAGAUUUAAAUCCACCGUGAGUAUCGAAAGCUCACCUUGCUCUCCGGCUGCUGCGGUGGGAACGGCGUGUACUCCUUCUUCACGCUCUUCUUCUUCGGCUCUCGCCGCUUGGUCAGGUUCUUGUGCCGGAACUUCGGCAGGAAACGUUCCCAGCUCUGCACCCGCAGGUCGGGGUCUUUAGAGAGCUCCCGUUUGAUCAUCAGAGUCUGAUCGCCACCGUGAUGGGGAGGGGAUGGGGGAAGGGGUGGGGGGGUAUGAAGCAGGGUGGUGGAGGGACGGGUGGAAUAAAAAUAUGAAGAUUUGA